AUGGGAGCGGUUUGUCUUCUUGUGGCUGCCAUUGCUGCUGCUGUCGUGGCUGCUGGGCGCGGCAACGACGAGCUUUCCACAGACUUUCAGAAAGAGGUGGCCACGCUUUGGUCCAUCCGCCAUACCAACCUGCAGCGACUGCUGGGUUAUUGCUGGGAGCAGCACGACACUGCCCUUGACCCUGACUCACCUGCUGUUGCUGCUGCUGCUGGUGCUGCUGGUGCUCGUGUUGGUGCUGAUAGUGCUAAGAUUUUAAGUGCUGAUGCUGAUGCUGCUGGGGGUUAUGAGGUGGAGCAAGCAGAGGAGCAGGUGCUAGUGUUUGAGUGGGUGCCAGGAGGCAAUCUUCAAAGCCGCAUCGUUGCUGCAGCUUACCGAACGAUAUUUGCACAGCACCUGGUAUCGCGCAAUAUCACGGCCAACCUGCGCGCCGCCCACCUGCCCGAAGCAUCCGACGCCAUCGUGCUGCCCAUGGUGCGCCUCGCCCUCUCCUGCACCGCUUCCAACCCCCUCUCCCGCCCCACUGUCACCGACCUGCUCCGCUCCAUCAAGGCUCUCAAGCGCUCCCUCUCCGCCCACCCGCGACCAGCUCUGCCAGUAAAUGCAGGGAAAAGUAGAAAUGGUGAUAUGCCCAAUGUUACAGGCAGGGGGGGGGAUGGAGCAGAGACGUUAUUAGACUAUUUGGUCUGA